AUGCUGUCUUACAGCAACACCUCCCUCUCUCCUGAAGUCUCUGAGUUCCUCCUGAAUUGUUUUGUCAGGUCCCCCAGCUGGCAGCUCUGGCUGUCCCUGCCCCUCAGCCUCCUCUUGCUCCUGGCCAUGGGGGCCAACGCCACCCUCCUGGUCACCAUCCGGCUGGAGGCCUCUCUGCACCAGCCCAUGUACUACCUGCUCAGCCUCCUCUCCCUGCUGGACAUGGUGCUCUGUCUCACCGUCAUCCCCAAGGUCCUGGCCAUCUUCUGGUUUGACCUCAGGGCCAUCAGCUUCUCUGCCUGCUUCCUCCAGAUGUUCAUCAUGAACAGCUUCCUGCCUAUGGAGUCCUGCACCUUCAUGGUCAUGGCCUACGACCGCUAUGUGGCCAUCUGCAAGCCUUUGCACUACCCAUCCAUCGUCACUAACCAGUUUGUUGCAAAGGCAACUGUCUUCAUCUUGGUCCGGAAUACACUUCUUUCAGCACCUAUUCCCAUCCUCUCUGCAUGGCUCCAUUAUUGUGGAAAAAAUAUAAUUGAGAACUGUAUCUGUGCCAACCUCUCUGUGUCCAAGCUCUCUUGUGAUAGUGUGGCCCUUAACAAAAUCUACCAGUUAAUUGCGGCCUGGACUCUGCUGGGCUCUGACCUCAUCCUCAUCUUCUUCUCCUACGUCUUCAUCCUCCGAGCUGUUCUUAGACUCAAGGCAAAGGGGGCAGCUGCCAAAGCUCUGAGCACGUGUGGCUCUCACUUUAUUCUCAUCCUCUUCUUCAGCACCAUUCUGCUGGUUUUCGUUUUCACCCACAUGGCCAAGAGAAAGGUGUCACCUGAUGUUCCUGUCUUACUGAACGUCCUCCACCACGUCAUUCCUGCAGCUCUCAACCCCAUCGUCUAUGGUGUACGAACCAAGGAGAUUCAGCAGGGGAUUUGGAAAUUCCUGAGGAAAGGGAGUGACAGCAGAAAGUGA